AUGGCGGACGCCUCACAGCAACGGCUGGCAGCAUCGGGGGGAAUCAAACGAUGCAAAGCCGCUUCGCCACUGUAUCUACUCACGGACGACCUCUUCAAAACGAUCAGCGAGAUGGCCUACAGGCCGAUCGAAACGGACGCGACCAUGGCGUACGGCUACCACACCGGCCACGCUCUGCAUACGGGGCUCCUCUGGACGGACGCGCAGCUGGCAUUGCACGCCAACAUCACCGGCAAGUGCGCCAUCUGCACCCACGCGUGGAAGGUGAAGGACACCAGGCCCGUGCUGGACUCAGACGGGAAGGCGUGCCUGGACGCGAAGGGCAAGCCCAUGAAGGAACCGGUGGGCACCUUCAGCCUGGUGCAGAAAGCCAGCCUCAGAUACCCCGGCUUCAUGAUCUGCCCCGCAUCCAGCCGCGCCCUCGCACCCAUCUUGUGCUGGGACUGCGUCGCGAAGCAUUCCACAGCCAAGCUUCACGUCGUCAACCGCGGCGAGCUGCGCCUGGGUGACACCCCCGUCCUCCGCCAGGAUGGGGGCAUGGGUCCUUGGCGACAGCUGUGGGCGUUGGACGUGAAGCAGCUUGGCACGCUCAAGAAGGCGGAUUCCGAGUCGAGGGCGGCGAGCACCGGCGCGGCGUGCACCAAACGGAGGCUACCCCCGGCCAAGGGCCCGGUCGGAAAGCGGCCUCGAGAGGCGAAGCUGCUCCCUCCCGUGCGCCGGCAGGGCAUCAACCAUCCCUCCCGUCUCCAAGCCGAGCGCUUCAUCCAGUACGUGGUGGACGGGACGGCUUUCGUCUGGCCCGAGGGGCUCCGGGACGGGCGGGCCGUCGUCCUGCACUGCUCCAACUGGGACGCCAAGGGCCGCGGCACGCUCAGGCCGAUCGGAAUGCCCGACGGGAAGAAGGCCCUGCCUGCUACGGUCUACUGGGACCCGAACGGGCGCCCCGCGUGCAGCUGUCCCCUGGGACGACUGGACACGCAGGCCGUGUGUGUCCACAAGCUCUUCCUGGUCUCCUUCUCCCCGCGGGCGGUCGGCACCCGCCUCCCGACUCCCCACGAGCUCAACCGCCAGGGGAGGCACAUGGAGGUCUUGGAGAUCCCUCGGUCCACGCAGCCCCUGGAGUCUCAGAACCGGGUGCCGGAACGGGCUCAGCCGCUCGAGAGGGUCUUUGCGAUCAGACGGAACGUCCACACGGGCCCCGCCAGGAACUUCGUGAUCCAAACGGGUCCAGAUCGGUUCUUCUGCAGCGGGAAACGGGAGAGCAGCUGCACGCGCAACUGCAAGCACGUCCAGCUGGUGCGCGAAGCCCUCAAGGAGGCGAGGGUGUUCCACCCGGUACGUCCCACGACACUCACGCAAGACGAGGCCGAAGCCGCAGCGGAGCGAGUCCGGGGUGUCUCGGAGUGGUUGCCCCAGCUCUCUGCGGUCCCUCGUGAAGCGCCCCCGCGCGAGUUCGACGAGCAGACCGUGCGGCACGUGCGGGGGUUGGCGGUGGCGGAGGACAAGGGCGGCGUACGAGAGUGUCGGCCGGGCUGCGAGUGCCGAGAUCGACUGGAGUUCAGGGAGGGGUCGGAGGAGGCACUCGAGGAUGCCGAACGGGCCGUGAAACGGUGCACGGAGCGACCGCCGGUGACGGACGUCGAGCGAGGGGAGCGGGGUUACGUCAGCAGGAGGGGCAAGGGCUUCGACGCGCAUCCGAAGGUGGACCUGUUCAGCACGGCCGAACAGCCUGCCGAGGCGUUCGAAGAGGGUUCGGUCCCGGUGUGCGUGGAGUGCGUGGGGGUGUGCGAGCACGGGGAUGGCGGACCAUCGCAGUCGGCUUCGGUGCUCAGCCUCUUCGCCAAGGGCGUGCAGCGGACGGUGCCCAGGGUCCUCCGAGCGGACGAACAGGUCCAUGACCCCAUGAUCACUGCUCUGAGGAACCCACUGCGGUUGAGCCAGAUGGGAUACUCCGACUUCAAGGAGUUGGGCGCCCGAAAAAGACUCCUAGCCCCCUGCCCGAAAGCCCCACCCCCUUGUCUCAAGACGUGGAGGCUGACGCCGGAGAAGGGCGUAACCAUCUACGACGCGCAGUGGACCCUCAAGACGCAGGUGUACCACUACACGUGCGAUUGCGAGAAGAGGCACACGGUCCACUUCGAUGGCGAGCACCUGAAGUUAUACACCCACAGCAGGGGCAUCAUCCUGACCCAGCGGUGCUGCGAGACGUUGCUGGCGGGCCAUCUGGCGGGUAGCAACUUCAGCCGACAGAGCGAUGUGUUCAAGAGCGUGAGCUCAAAGUUUGGGCCAUCGCAGAGGCUCGAUGAGGGGAGGCUGCGAGAAGCUGCAAUGGGCUACUUUGCGCUGAAGCAGAAGUACGAGGAGCCGCGCUGUUGUUCCCUCUGCGGGCCUCAUCCCAAGUAUCUGAUCUGCGACGGGCUCUUUGGGUUGGCGAACAAGGACGGCAGCGAGCGCAAGGCGGGCAUCGCUUCCACCACUCAGAACAGACGAGCUAGCUUCACGCACCCAGACAAGCUGAACGGCGUGCCCUUUCAGAAGACGCGGACGGCGGGUGUGCACUAUUCGGGAGUCAGCCCGGGCGGGUUGUGCACGUUGAGGCGGGUGGUGCCCGAGGACCCUCUUCGGACGCUGCUGGCGCGCUUGAGCCAACAUCGGCCGUCCGCUCAGCAUGACCCCGAUGAGGGAGCGAACAAUCCUGAGAGGAGAGGAGAGCCUCUGAGUGCGCACGAAUACUACCAUGUGCUGCUGCCGGGUCUGACACAGAAGGGGCACUAUGCGAUGCGAUGGUUGGUCGAGGGGAUCGAGGCCGAGGCAGAAAUGUCGCAGAGGCCCUUGAGGGAGCGCUGUACCGUGGGAACGUGCAGGCUGUAUUUGCCGUCGGGGGACGUCGGGAUCCUGUGCCAGUUCCCCCAGCGGUGGAAGGAGAUCUUGUACGAUCUCAACAGCCACGACGAGGACAGCAAGAUCCUGCAGACGGAACACUCCCUCAGGGUGGCCAGACGGAUCCUGCUCGGCGAGUUGGUCACCGAGCAAGAUCGGCUGGAUUGGGGGGAGGAAAGCCCGAUACUGCGCCGGCUCCUCGACUCGUACGAGGGACGGCUGCCGUCAUUCUUCAUGGGCGUGCUGAAGGCGCUAUACAGGGCGAGCAUCUAUGGGAGGGGGGGCGUCGCGUAUCGCACGUGGACCGGAGAAUCGUGGAAGAUUUUCCAUGACGCGUCGUGGUGGUGGGACCCGCGACCACAUUGGUGGAACCCGAACCCACAGUGGGACGCGUACCCGGACCCACCUCCCCCUGAUCCCGAGAGAAGGGCGGCGGCGCACAGGGCGAUGGAUGCGCUCGAGCGUUUCUCCGACACUGCGGAGCUGCUGGGCGAGGCCGAGCGGGAGUUGCUCAAGGAGAAUCUGGGGGAAACGGGGCCGGCGCUGGGGGCUUUCACUUCGGACGGGGAGGACCUGUGCUGGUACCCGUUCUGGGAGAAGAAGCGGCCGCUGCCCUUUUACACGGAAUUCGAGGAGCCGGACGGGAAGUCUAACACGGCCGAGGCUCGGUGUGCGGGGCACGAAUCUGGGAAGCCGAGCAAGCUGCCUCACACUCGCGGGCUCUAUGUGUGGUGCUGCCCACAUCGAGUACUCUACGGCAUCCACAUCAUGCUGCGGGGAGAGAGCCCGAGGGAUCCGUUCACGGUGCUGUACACCCGCUUCAACCGGAAGGAUCUACCGCGAGUGCUGAUCAACGACUGUUCCUGUUCCGAUCAGAACUACUGCUUCAGGAGGGAGCCCACGUUCUUUUCGAACGUCCGGUUCGUCAUCGACAAGUUCCACUAUGGCAAGGCUGAGGGAGAGCACCAUCUCUGCGGCCCCACGAACAGCAGUCACUACUACGGUCUGCUGACCCAUGUGAACACGAGCGCAUGCGAGAGCGUGAACGGCUUCCUCAACCGCUUCACCACGAUCGGAUGGUUCUCGACGCUCGAGAACAUGAUGACGUUUCUGCCAUUACUGAUAACCGCGUACAACGCAGAUCUGAGUAGAGUCGACGAUCACACGAUCAGGACAGCAUGUAGACGUAGCAUAUGGACACCCGACAUAAGAGAUCUGCUGUUUCUGCAGUUGUAG